AUCGCGCCCCUCAAGAAAACGGCGUUCUCGUUGGCAACAUUGGCAACCGCGGAUGCUCGAACGUCACAAAACGCAACGUGGUUCGUUUAUGGCUCCUCGUUUGUCGGUUUUGCCUGUGUUUUUGAUUGCUGCGACGUGCCUUGUCUCCAGUGAUGUGCUAAUCCUGCUAGUCUCUUCGUAAAUGGGAGGGGACUUCUGUUGUGCGGUGGGGUGCCACAACCAUCGGGCUGCUCCUGCGAACCAGAACGACUCAUUCCACGCAUUUCCGCGAGACGUCCAGCGACGAGCGAAAUGGAUUGCCGCUGUGCGUAGGGAGCACUGGGUUCCCGUGAAGAGGUCCCGCUUGUGUAGCAUUCACUUCUCGCCGGAGAGCUACGAGCUCAGCUCGAGGCUUGCGACGGAGUUUGGUCUGGGACAAAAGUACCCAAGGCUCAGGGUUGAUGCGGUCCCAACCAUUUUCAGUCACAUCGUUGCGCGGCCCACUCCUCAUCGUGGCGCGUUGGCGAAGAGGAGACGAAAAGAUGUUGUCGACGAAGCCAUUGCGGAAGCGGCCGCAGUAGACACGCCGAUGGAUUCUGGCAGCCAGUCACCCUUGGAUCCAGAUGCGGAUAUGAAUGUUCCAGAUGCGGAUAUGGAUGUUCCUGACGAUCUACCGGCAGAGGAAGAGGGGACAGAAAAAGUCUCUGUCUUCGUACAGACAGAAUGUAUGAAGACGCGGUCGCGGUCUAAUCAAACUAAGGUGACAGGCAGGAGCAUAGGAACCCAGACAGCACUUCCCAAGUCAAGCAAAGAGGUGCAAACAGAGGUCCCCCAGCAAGGCAGCCCAAGCACGUCCACUACUGUGCUGGUGGAAGCUGAAACUGACGAUGCUAACUUGGAACCGGAUGAGGAUCCUCUGGGUCUCCUCCAACACCCCAAAGAUGACGUUGAGUUCCAUCCAGACUCCUCGGAGGAUGAAGAGACUUCGGAAACAGACACAUCGCCGGGGACGGAGCAGACAGGCGCCAACAAAUACAUUGUCUUUGAGUCGUGCCUGAAGAAGCUUUUAAAGCGAUGUCCUGACUGCUUCUCCAUGGCCACCGAAGUUUCUUUUCGUUGCAUUGGGUCCAUGGUGCGGGCCACGAUCACUUGCAGUGCUGGCCACUCCAGCAUCUGGGAGAGCCAGCCCAGGUGUCAUGGGAAGCCAGAGGGCAACAUCCUCAUGUGCUCUGGAAUCCUGUUCAGUGGAGGCUGCCCCACGAAGAUGCUCCGCCUCUUUGACAUCAUGGGUGUCGCCCAUAUCCACUCCUCGCAGUUCUACGAGUACCAGAGGUGCUACCUUCUCCCAGCAGUGAUGGAUGUAUGGACAGCUAAACAACAAGAUCUUGUUCAAAGCCUAGGAGGGCGCUCACUGCGGCUGGCCGGUGAUGGGCGGUCGGACUCACCCGGCUAUUCUGCCCUUUAUGGGACGUAUUCAUUGCUGGAGACGACCCUGAACCGAAUCAUUCACCUGGAGCUUGUAAAGUCGACCGAAGUGAAAUCGAGCUGCCACAUGGAGCUGGAGGGGCUGACCAGAGCUUUGCUUCACCUUGAGGAGCUGGGUCUCACGGUGGAAGUAAUCGUGACUGACAGGCAUGUGCAAGUCAGUGCCUACAUGAAGCGGGAGCACCCCCUUGUCCAGCACCGUUUCGACCUCUGGCAUGUCAGCAAAGGCAUCAAAAAGAAGAUUGUAGCUUUGGCCAAGUCGCCACAGCACAAGGCCCUAGCAAGGUGGCAGGACACCAUCACCAGACAUCUUUACUGGUGUGCCCGCACCAGUGACAACCAUGGGGACCUCAUCCUCGCAAAGUGGACAUCGAUCACACGACACAUCUGUGAUGUCCACCAUCACCCCAACUCGCUGCACCCUGCGUGUCUGCAUGGGGAAGUACAGGAUCGACUCUGGAUUGAGGAGGGAAACGAAACCUUCAAAAAGUUGGAAUCGGUGGUCCUGUCCAGUCACCUCCUCCGGGACAUACCCAAGCUCUCCUCAGACGAGCAGACAUUUUCACUGGAGGCAUUUCACGGUGUUUUAGUUCACUUCGCUUCCAAGUCUGUUGGCUACUGCUACGAAGGACUGCAGGCAAGGACGUACAUUGCAGCACUGCAUUUUAACUGCAAUGCAGACAGAAAGACCCGUAUCGAAGAAGAUGGCCAGGACAUGUGUGCCUUGAAGUUUUCAAGAGGACGCAAACAGUGGACUGUGGUCCCUGUUAAGGAAGACACGAAGUUUGGCUACAUCGAGAAGCUUCUGGCGGGAGUCUUCAAACGGAUUACGAGGUAUCCAACCUUCAAGACAGCAAAGGCAUCGCUCCCGAGACUGGAAAGCGCUACCCUGGGCAGCACACAGGCGGAGAGGCCAGACUUGAAGAGUGCUGUUGCUGCCCACCGCUCGCGCUACCAGAGGCAACGAAUCUUGUGCUCUUGUAGCUCUUGUCGGCCGACGCUGCCAGACGAAGACCUUUGCUGUGGGGAAAUCGAGAAAAUGGCUCCACUGCUGCGGGAGGGGUGCAUCACCCGCAACGAUCUG